AAGCGUCGUCAGGUAGGCCGGGUCAAUAUCAAUAGGGCAGGUAGGUACAGGGGGAGCAAGCGGAGAUUGGUCAGGGUCACAAGCCAGGGAUCAGAACAGGUAGCAAGCAGCGUGGUACAGAGGGUCAGACAGAGGGAUGGUCAGGAGCGAGCCGGGAUCAGAGCAGGAGAAAAACAGGAUACAGGGCCCAGGACAAAAACACACCAAGGCAGAGUCUGUGGGUCUGGCCAUCCCUUAAAUACCCCAGCAUAAUCAGUUACAGGUGUUAGCUGGCUGCAAAGUUGAGUCUCUGAUUGUUGGGAACACCCGCUGGCCAGCCCUGGUACUGCAGAUCAAAAGGCAGGUGAGUCCCACCAUAGCUGGCCAGUCCAUUCCUGACAGUAAGUUGUAAAGCAAGCUGAUGA